UUAAGGUGUCAACAUUUUACACGAAUUUGCGAGUUUUAAACAUUUUGCAUGUCGUAGACUUCAAUAUGUUUGCUCCGUGUGUAUUACUGUUGUUUAUUUUGGGUUCCAUUAAUGCUGACGAAGCAUUAUUAAGUUGCGACUUCAAUAAUACAUACUGCGGUUGGUGGAAUGAUGAAAAUGUUGGCGGUGAAUGGGAGUUCAAGUCAGAUGAGGAGGGUGCAGAUGCUAAAGAUAUCGUCUUAUAUAAUGUCCGGAAUGACGUCUACAAAACAGCACGCUUGAUCUCUCCCAUUUACGACCGUAGUUUAGUGGAGGGUGGUUGCUUCAAAUUGAGAUUCGGACACUAUCUUAGACACAAUAUAAUACUCAAAGUGUACCAAGUACCGGAGUCGCUUGGAGUGACCGCAUUAUUCUCGUCUCCCGAAGAGCAAAAACGAAAAUAUAUCAUUUUCCAUGAAUCACCAACUCCCACCGUUCAAAGGACCGAACUGGUAUUCGAUGCUCGCUCAAUGUUUCUGGGUUAUCCGGAAAACUUCCAGAUCGUAAUCGAAGGUGAAAAUUGGUGGGGAUUAACCUCUAUACAACAAUAUGAUAUCCUUCGAGGAAAGGAGUGCAUUGAAGCCAUUCGGCACACGUAUAUUAAAAAAGGUACUACUCAAAUAUAUUUUGAGAACCGAAACAAUAACCUGCAAACGGUUACAACAUCGCCGAUCACAACAACAACGUAGUCAAGUCAUCAGCUCCGCCGGCAAUAACAACUUUCUUUCAGGCUUUAGGUCUGAAAGAACGUUGGUUGAACGGUAAUUAACUAUGUAUUCUUAGUAUAACAUUUAAAAUUUUGUAUGUUCCACAUACUCGCAUUUAAAGCCUCAAUAGCUCGAGCGAGCGAGCGAACCCCUGACCCCUCGGUACCUACUGAGUGCGGCUCAUAUGUAUACAGUAUGUCCACUUCCUAAACACUCCACUUGACAUUGUAGAUAAGUAUGAAGACAAUAUUUAGGUAUUAUUGUUUAAAUUAAAUUAAAUAGAGUUGGUUGUAUUUUUUUCUUCUCAUUAGCACACCGCUGUUAUUUAAGAAAUUUAUAGUUUUAAGUUAUUUUUUUGCUGGACAACCGGGGAGCAUGCUUUUAUCAGUUCUCUUUAGAGUCCCUUCGUCAAAAGUUAAAAGAAAUAGGUAUACUAACAGUAGCCUGUCAAUAUAUAUAUAACAGUAUAGUCUAUGUAAGACAAAAUAUUAAUUUGUACAAACGAAAAGGAGAUUUAAACCCACGUCUUACUAGACACGGGCAUAAGUUAGUUAUUUCUGCAUAUCGUCUCCAAAGAGUAAAAAAAUCUUUUGUAGGUUUGGGUGUACUCUUCUAUAAUAAGAUCCCCAAGACUGUUAUGGACCUGCCAAUGUACUACAACAUU